ACACGUUGGGACAUUCACUUGUCUCUUAUAAAGUGGACUCGUUAGCAACAAACGAAGGCGAAACAUUCAUAUAAGGUUGCGAACUUGUCUUUAAAGGACACAGACAGAAUGGUUGUCAUCAUGUACUCCAACGAUGGGGAUUAUCACCGCAACACUAUUCCCUUGCUUGAAGACAUUCCAAUAAGCACUCCAGCUGCAGAUCGAUCAUCUGGCGAGCAGGCAGGUGACUUAUCAGCACUUGUGCGCAGAGAAAGAAAGCCAAAGAUGUUGACUGAUGUCGUGGAGAAGAACUUCACGCCCACGAAGUUGAAAAUGGCAGGUAUGGAGCCAAAGGAGAAAUUUGUGUACGAAGGUAUGGAAAGAGAGUCAAAUGCGAUGGUGGAGACAUUGGAGCAUUUUUGUCCUGCGGAUGAGGCGAUUGUUUUCUUGGGAAAAGGUCAUGCGGCGUUGAUUUUGGAGUCGUUAAAGAGUCACCGUCAUUGCAUUGUUCUGGAAGGGGAGGGUAUGAAGUUCGAGUUUCUCGUUCAAUUCGUCAAUAGGAUGGUCGUGAGUGGAGGUUACUACGCCAAAUUUAUUAAGCCGCCUCCUCGACAUGAUGAAGGGCGUGAUCUCGUCUACAAAGUCGGCCAAAACAUCGUCAACAUUUGGGAGUUCCUUUUCGAGACUAAGCCACAAAAGAGAGGGGAACGUGCAUAUGUCGUUAGAAGGCGAAAAAUGAAAUCACUUCUGAGGGGGUAUCAUAAGGCACCGGCGGAGACGGAAGUUGAAUUUCUAGACCGUUUGGAGAUGAUGUACUUCGACGAACACAUCGGGGCGUUUACAAUCGCAGCUUAUGCAACUUGUUUUGGGGAAGGCUUUGAUGCUGAGGACUCAGAAGAAGAAAGUGAAGAUGGUACUUUGCAAGCGGCUUUGGCGGAUGAGAGGCAAAAAGCUUGUAGCUCGGCUUCGCAGAAGAUGGGUGCGUCGGGCACAUCGUACGGUUCUGGAGGGGCUUCAAGUAUGACAUUUUCAACGGACUAGUUACCGAAUCGUCCCUCAACUUCUUCUCUUGUGCAAGUUACACCUUCUC